GUUAGGGGGUGGGAUCUGAACAUGGCGGCGGUGGUAGCUGCUACGGCGCUCAAGGGCCGGGGGGCGAGAAAUGCCCGCGUCCUCCGGGGGAUUCUAUCCGGAGCCACCUCUAACAAGGCUUCCCAAAACCGGACCCGGGGGCUGCAAAGUCACAGCUCCCCCGAGGGCAAGGAAGAGCCGGAGCCCCUGUCCCCUGAGCUGGAAUACAUUCCCAGAAAGAGAGGCAAGAACCCCAUGAAAGCGGUGGGACUCGCCUGGUACAGCCUGUAUACUCGCACCUGGCUGGGGUACCUCUUCUACCGCCAGCAGCUACGCAGAGCCCGGAACCGCUACCCCAAGGGCCACUCCAGGACACAGCCCCGCUUCUUCAAUGGAGUGAAGGUGCUUCCCAUCCCGGUCCUCUCGGACAAUUAUAGCUACCUCAUCAUCGACACCCAGGCCCGGCUGGCUGUGGCUGUGGACCCCUCUGACCCUCAGGCCGUGCAGGCUUCCAUCGAAAAGGAGGGUGUUAACCUGGUUGCCAUUCUCUGCACCCACAAGCACUGGGACCACAGUGGCGGGAACCGAGACCUCAGCCGGAGACACCAGGACUGCCGCGUGUACGGGAGCCCCCAGGACGGCAUCCCCUACCUCACCCAUCCCCUGUGUCAUCAAGAUGUGGUCAGCGUGGGACGACUGCAGAUCCGGGCUCUGGCCACUCCAGGCCACACACAAGGGCAUCUGGUUUACCUGCUGGACGGGGAACCCUACAAGGGGCCCUCCUGCCUCUUCUCGGGGGACCUUCUCUUCCUCUCUGGCUGCGGACGGACCUUUGAGGGUACUGCCGAGACCAUGCUGAGCUCGCUGGAUACUGUGCUGGGACUUGACGAUGACACUCUGCUGUGGCCAGGUCAUGAAUAUGCCGAGGAGAACCUGGGAUUUGCAGGUGUGGUGGAGCCCGAGAACCUGGCAAGGGAGCGGAAGAUGCAGUGGGUGCAGCGUCAGCGAAUGGAACGCAGGAGCACGUGCCCUUCCACCCUGGGCGAGGAGCGAUCCUACAAUCCCUUCUUGAGGACGCACUGCCUGGUACUGCAGGAGGCCCUGGGCCCAGGCCCCAUUGGGGAUGACGACUACUCCAGGGCUGAACUGCUGGAGAAGCUUCGUCGGCUGAAGGACCUGCACAAGAGCAAGUGAUGCCCCCCGCCUGCCCACACCCCUGUAGUGGGGAGACCUCCAGUCCUCACCCACACCCUCCAUCUCAUUGCAACCACCACCACCUCCUUGGGCACCUUUGGCCGAUAUGACUUGGGAUGAGAGGGACAAGGUGAAGAGAUGGGGACUCAGGGCUGGUGGAAGGUUUGGAGGCUCCAGAAAUGAUGCUGGGUUAGCCAGGAUGAGAGGAAGGAGGCUCCCCAGACCACCAGGAAGCACCCCCUUCAAGAGGACCCAUGCCACUCAAAAGUGUGGGGAACUGUGGGCAUAGUGUCUCUCUCCGCUCCCUCCUCUCAUCCAGGGUGGGGAUGGGAAAGAAACACAGUCCCAAGAGGCCAGGGGUACCGGGUCUCAGAAGAGUGGCUGGUCCAAGGGGCACCCCAGACACGUGACCUCUCUUGAGGAAGACGCUAUUGAAAGGGCUGCCUGAGAAAGCUAGAGUCUAGUUGUGGGACAAUCUCUGCUCGUUCAGUGACCCCUUGAAGCGCAGGAGGGAAAAGGGACCUCCCCAUUGAGGAAAGUUGGCCCUCAGCUGAGGAGAGUCUGGAGGCCAGGAGGUGUAACCCCUCAGUGCCAUCAGUCUCAUGCAUCCCCUCACAGCGAGCCAGGGCCUGCCCGUGGCCUUUGCCCCUAGCCUGGACCCAGAAGGCCCUGCCAUCCCAGGGGAGAGAGUGCCACCGCGGCCUUGGUUUGCUGGCUCCUCCAUUGACCCUCACCCUUGGACUCACUAUGCUUUCUCCUCAGCCCUCGCCUCUCAUUUAUUAAGGACAUUCAUCCGCCUUUAGCACUUGGCCAAGAACUUUCCAUGCAAUCCUUAUAUUUGGUCCCUGGUUUAGAUGGGGAAGCUUGGUGAAGGGAGGUGUCUACUUGGAGUCUUUAAUGAAGGGCAAGCUCCUAGGACACCAGGCUCAGCCCUCCCCUCACCUCUGCCUUUUCCCCCUGGACUCCCUGGGUUCUGGACAGUUUCAGAGGGUUCUAGAACGAUUCCUGAGGCUUCCACCACAAGGAACCCUUUGGGUCUCGCCCAGACAUACCUGGAGCCAACCAGGAGUAUUUUCUCCCCCUCCUGAGUCCCACCAUCCCACAAGCGCUGCCCACUUCUGGCGAGCCUCCCUGAUGAGCCCUGGCCUAUUCCUCCACAUCACCCAUAACCGCCUCAGCUCCCUUGAGCCAAAGCCUCUGGUACCAACACUAGCAAUACCGUCAGACUAGUUAGACACCUGCCCCCAAGACCUGCCAUCCCGCCUCUGUGCCUUCACUCCCGCUCCCUCCCCCCUGGAAUGUCUUUCCCUGCCCCUCCUGCCUGGUCUGCCUGGCAAAAAAAAAAAAUCCUUUCAUCUUUCACCGCUGGCCCCCUCCUCCAGGAAAACACCCCUCAUGCCCCCUCCCUCCAGGCUACCUCUGCUCUUUGUAAAUGCUUCUUUUUCCCUGCCCCCCCCCCCAUCACACUGUAUUUUACUGUUUACACCUUUGUCUCCCCUUCUCUGACUGUGAACCCUUCAGGGCAUGGACUGUAUCUUAUGCAUUUUUGUCUUUCUGCGCCUAGCACGGUGCCUGGAACACAGUAGGCGCUCAAUAAAUGUUGAAUGAAUGAAUGAUUUCACCAAG